AUGGAAACAGAAGAGAAAUGGAAAUUCAUUAAUUCAAAGAUUCAAGGGUUCAAUAAGUAUCCCAAUGAAUGGUACAUUGGCCUGAAAAAGGAAGGAGGAGAAUGGAAAUGGGUGAACGAACAAAUACUUUCAAUAAACAARUGGCAACCAGAAUGGAAUAGCAACAUUGAACCAAACGGUGAUGGGGAAUGUGUGAUUAUGGCUAAAAACUUUCCCCCCGGAACACAAGGACUGUUUAAAGACCUCAAUUGUAAAUACGCACUAAUGUUUGUGUGUGAGUACAGAAAAGGGAAUCCAAGAUGCAAGGACGGUUAUUAUCCACCUCGAUGUAACGAAACAAAUCUGGGGAACACUUCUGUAGAACCUACCAAAAAAACUAUUGCGGCGGCAACACAGCUAACCACCACCUUCAAGAAAAAGAGAAAAAAUCAAUCAAACUCGUAUAUUCACAGGGAUAUUGUGGCUUACCUCUAG